UUUUAUUUUGAAAAGGCGAAAAAUUCUUCAAAACUUCUUGUAAGGAGAAGUUUGUAACGGGUCCUUUGCUGGGGCGAUAUUUCUCGGUGCUGCACUGCAGAUUCUGUGGUUUUGUGUAGUUUGUGGCGGCUUUACUCCAUAAAAUAGGUUGGAGGACGGAGCGUUAUCCCCGCGGAGCCCUCAGCGCGGCGAGCCGGUUAGAGAGCGCUAGGUCUGGGCAGCAUGUCCGCCACAGCAGCGCGGUUAGAGAACGCCAACCCGCUCAUCUUCCAGCGGGCCGGAGAGAGACUCCUCACAGCCGGGGAGGAGGACGAGGACGUGGCCGACCCCAUCGACGACAGGGAGAUCUUCGAUCUUAUUAGGUCAAUCAAUGACCCUGAGCACCCGCUGUCCCUCGAGGAGCUGAAUGUCGUGGAGCAAAUGCACGUGAAUGUGAAUGACCAGGAGAGCACGGUCUCUGUGGAGUUCACACCCACCAUCCCUCACUGCAGCAUGGCUACCCUCAUAGGGCUGUCAAUCAAAGUCAAACUGCUGCGCUCUUUACCAGACAGGUUCAAGAUUGACGUCCACAUCACGCCAGGCACACAUGCCUCAGAAGAUGCAGUCAAUAAGCAGUUAGCGGAUAAGGAGAGAGUGGCUGCGGCGCUGGAAAACUCCCAGCUGCUGGAAGUGGUCAACCAGUGCCUUUCCACCAGACCUGUGUGACCUGACCAGUUCAGUGUGCGGCCGUCCUUCUGUGGGGGAAACUCGGAGCCCUCUUGACUGCAGUUUGUUACAUUCAUGCGCUUCUCUUGACUGAUGCACCUGCUUUGCUGCACAUUAAGCUUUUUUGAGGAAAGUGUUUCGUGUCAGUCUUCCUGAUGCAGUUCCUUAAAGAGGCUGUUCUCUCUGCACUGCAUCAUGAGCACCGCCAACAAACGUUCACAGAACUCGUAAGGAGUGAAAGAAGGAACAGGAACACGCAGCUUGAGUCACCGCUUUGUCGCUUUUUUGUUCGUAUAAAAUAUCAUAUAUGGUCCAGAAUGCUUAAAGAGGAGUUUCCAAGAUUUCCUCUUUUUUCUAUCCAAACCCACCAGUGAACGAGUGUCUUCUGAGCUUUGAUCUGUAAUGUUAAUGACACAUUUCUUUUUUUUGGAUAUUUUGCUUUCAAGUGCCCUGCAUGUCAUGUCCAACAUGAAUAAAUGUUUUCAAACAAUGUUUUGGGCCAUUUUAAGAUAAUUAGAAAACCGUGUCUCUGCAACAGGCUGCGUAUUAAAAAUGAAUUUUGUGUAAUAACUUUCUUUGAGGGAGCGGGAGGUUUUGGAGGCAUUAAACUCUUCAGACGUCUGGUUCCUAUCACCACCACUGCCAUUUUCUUUAACAGUCUCAAUUUAAUGGAUAAAUUGUGAAAAAAUGAUGGAAUUCCUUGUAAGACGGAGUAAGAAAUGCAGCAUACGGUAACCGUGUUGGGAUCUCCUUCAGAAGCACGGCUUUCAAGUCUGGAACAGAUGUUUUAUUUGUUGCUGCAUCAUCAUCGGCAGUUUGUCUGUGGAUCCUGUACACUUUUCUAAAUUCGGUGUAAUGUGUGAAUAAAUAAGGAGCUAAACAGAUGAAAAUAUGCAUUUCUCUAAUACAGUUUUCUCAAAAAUUGUCAAAAAAUUGAAAUGAUCAGCUCAUAUAACAACCAUACAGGGUAUGUAUAAUAAUAACAUACUAUUAUUUAAUUGUCUGAAAUGAGAUCUGAUCAUUUAUAGACCUACAGAAGGACUAAAAGGCCACUAGGUGUCGCCCGUUAGGCCACAUUUGAAGUGAACGUGCUAUACAUGCCUGUAUAUGAGAACCUAAAUAAACACAAAGCACAUUUUCCCUGUUCUUAGGAAUGCAUCGUUUAUUCAGCCACACUGUUAUAGUUUCCUUUUGUGAAAAUACAACUGCUAAAACCGUU